AACAAUUUAUAAAUAAUAAAAAAUGACUUCAUAAUAAAAUUAUAUAUUAAUAUAAAGAAAUAUCACAAAAUACAUCUUAGGUAGUGUCCAUUGUACUUCGCCGCGUCGCUAUCUCAUCAGCUGUUUUCUGUUGUGGGCAAUUUUUGUUGCUGCUCCGUGAAAAUUACGCAUAAAUGAAAAAGUGAAUUGGCAUCAGGAAAAUGGACCAGCCCGAUGAUCAUUUCCGCUACAUACACAGCUCUUCGCUCCAUGAACGUGUGCAAAUUAAGGUUGGAACGCUCGAGGGUAAGAAGCGCCAGCCUGACUAUGAAAAACUUCUGGAGGACCCAAUCCUAAGGUUCUCCGGCUUGUACUCCGAGGAGCAUCCUUCGUUCCAGGUACGCCUAGAGGUGUACAACCAGGGCAGGCCUUAUUGCCUUCCAGUGACCAGCUCCUACAAGGCUUUCGGCAAGAGGUGGAGUUGGAACGAGUGGGUUUCGUUGCCGCUGCAGUUCUCCGAUCUCCCUAGAAGUGCUAUGCUAGUGCUAACCAUCCUGGACUGUUCGGGUGCUGGACAGACCACCGUCAUUGGAGGCACAUCCAUUUCAGUGUUCGGCAAGGACGGUAUGUUUCGACAAGGAAUGUACGACCUUAGAGUUUGGCUGGGAGUCGAGGGAGAUGGCAACUUUCCCAGUCGCACGCCCGGUAAAGGCAAAGAGUCCUCCAAGUCGCAGAUGCAGCGUCUCGGGAAGUUGGCCAAAAAACAUCGGAAUGGACAAGUUCAGAAGGUGGAUUGGCUCGACAGGCUCACGUUCCGGGAGAUCGAGGUGAUCAACGAACGCGAGAAGCGUAUGUCCGACUAUAUGUUUCUCAUGAUCGAGUUUCCUGCAAUCGUUGUGGACGACACGUUUAACUAUGCAGUGGUUUACUUCGAGCCGGAGGGCGAUGUCAAAUAUAAGCUUCCAGCCAAGCCAAAGUUGGUAUCUGUGCCCGAUUCGGAGAUUCAAAUGGAAAACCUGGUGGAAAGAAAGCACCAUCGCUUGGCCCGUUCGGAGCGUUCGGGUAUAUCCGAUAGAGAUGCCAAACCCACUGCCAGCAUUCGAGAUCAACUUCACACCAUUGUUUAUAGAUAUCCUCCGACUUAUGUGCUUAGCAGCGAGGAGCAAGAUUUGGUUUGGAAAUUCAGGUUUUACCUUUCCUCUCACAAAAAGGCCUUGACCAAGUUCCUGAAGUGCAUCAAUUGGAAAUUGGAGGACGAGGUUACGCAAGCUCUUUGGAUGCUGGCCAACUGGGCGCCCAUGGAUGUAGAAGAUGCAUUGGAGCUUCUGAGUCCCACCUUUACGCAUCCUCAGGUGCGAAAGUAUGCCGUCAGUCGAUUGGCCCAAGCGCCAGACGAAGACUUGCUCUUGUAUCUGCUUCAGCUGGUACAAGCUCUGAAGUACGAGGAUCCCCGGCACAUUGUUCACUUACAUGGUUGCAUCUUUCCUGAGCGUGAUGUUGUGCGCUCUAUCUUGGAUGACAAUGGCUCACUGCUGGAUCAGAGCAGCCUAUCCGAUCUGAGUGCCACCAGCAGUGGACUCCAUGCUUCGGUGAUUCCAGCUAAUCAGCGAGCGGCAAGUGUUUUAGCCGCCAUCAAGGGCGAUAAGUCCGUAAGUCCUGGAUCAGCUGGUGGUAGCGGAGGUCAGGGAUCGGUUGCGCUUCCAAAUCCUUCUACUCCCGCCACUCCUGGUAGCAGUUCUCUUCCCUGUGACUCCAAUUCCAAUGCCCUCAUGUUGGCAGAAGGCAUAAGCUUUGGCAGUGUUCCAGCCAAUCUCUGCACAUUCCUUAUCCAGCGCGCCUGCACGAAUGCCACGCUGGCCAACUACUUCUAUUGGUAUUUGUCCAUCGAAGUGGAAGAGGUGGAGUCGGUGAGGAAACAGGACGAAAGGGCGCACGACAUGUACGCAAUGGUACUCAAGAUGUUCCUAAAGGUGCUGGAGAACGGUAACUUUAAUCUUCGAGGAAUCUUUUAUAACCUUAGAAAGCAGCGCCGCUUCAUUGACGAGCUGGUCAAGUUGGUGAAACUGGUGGCCAAGGAGCCGGGAAAUCGCAAUAAGAAAACGGAGAAAUUUCAGAAGCUGCUGGCCGAACAGGACAUGUUCAAGGUGAACUUUACCAACUUCGAGCCAAUUCCAUUUCCUCUGGAUCCAGAGAUCUACAUCACCAAGAUUGUACCCAUGCGCACUUCGCUCUUCAAGAGCGCCCUAAUGCCAGCUAAACUCACCUUUGUCACUUCUAUUGCCCAACACGAGUACGCUGCUAUCUUCAAGCACGGUGAUGAUCUGCGCCAGGAUCAGCUCAUCUUGCAGAUGAUCACUUUGAUGGACAAGUUACUAAGAAGAGAGAACCUCGAUCUGAAGCUGACUCCCUACAAAGUGCUGGCCACGAGCUCGAAACAUGGAUUUCUGCAGUACGUCGACUCGUGCACAGUGGCAGAGGUUCUUGCUCGGGAGGGCAAUAUCCAUAACUUCUUCCGGAAACAUCAUCCAUGCGACAAUGGCCCGUAUGGCAUUUCGGCUGAGGUCAUGGAUACCUACAUUAAGAGCUGUGCGGGCUACUGUGUGAUCACCUAUUUGCUUGGCGUGGGUGACCGACAUUUGGACAAUCUGUUGCUAACCACCAACGGCAAGCUCUUCCACAUUGACUUUGGCUACAUUUUGGGUCGCGAUCCGAAACCCAUGCCGCCGCCCAUGAAGCUGAGCAAGGAAAUGGUGGAGGCAAUGGGUGGUAUAAGCUCAGAACACCACCAUGAGUUCCGUAAGCAAUGCUAUACGGCCUAUUUGCAUUUGCGUCGGCAUGCCAACGUAAUGCUCAACUUGUUCUCCCUGAUGGUGGAUGCCACUGUUCCGGAUAUCGCCCUGGAGCCUGACAAGGCUGUCAAAAAGGUGGAGGAGAACCUGCAGCUUGGACUCACCGACGAGGAGGCCGUCCAGCAUUUGCAGAGCCUACUGGAUGUGUCCAUAACGGCCGUAAUGCCAGCUCUGGUGGAGCAGAUCCAUCGGUUCACACAGUACUGGCGAAAGUAAAGGGGAAAUAUCUACUCACUGAUGGGUUGAAAAGCUUGGAUAACGAAUUGUAGGAGGAGAAAGUAAUCAAUGAACCAUUUUUGGAAUUUUCCCGAGCUUGAAGAAACGUAGUAGUAAACAUCAAAAGUGUAAUAUAGAUUAGAUUUACUAAGAAACAACUUAUAUAUUUCUUUCAGUAUAUAUUAUUUUAGGAUUUUAAUUAUUAAAAUGUUGUACUGAUCACUUUAGGCUCCUACAAUUCUAUCACACAUUCAAUCGCACUCUUAAAUCAAGAAUAAUCUUAUUUGUAAGGUCGCUUUAGUCGUAGCUGUCCUGUAGCUUCAAGUCUGUAAUCGAGAUUUAAAUGUAAUCUGUUUUGUGUCGCAAUUGUAAUAUAACCUACUAUUCGAGAAAA